AUGCCCGGCGAUUAUUCUCCUCGGUCUUCCGAGGACCAUUCUCCCAACGGGAGUGACGAGGGCGAUCCCCGAUGCCCCCUUUCCAAAGACAUCUUGAGGAAGCAUAUUCCAAAGGGCUUCGAGAGACCUCCUACGCUCCCCGCGUACGAUGGUUUGACCGACCCCGACGAUCACAUUGCUAAUGUCAACGCUAACCUGGAUUUCAGGAAUAUUAGCGGUGCCAUUAGGUGCAGACUAUUCCCGACCACACUGAGGAAGGGAGCGAUGACAUGGUACCAAAGCCUGCCCCCUCAAUUUAUCCACUCGUGGAGGGACCUUACAGAACAGUUCUGUAGACACUUCACUGCUUCCCGCAAGCACCCAAAAACUGUGCACGCCUUGGAGGCCAUAUACCAAGCCGAGGAAGAAACUCUCCGCAAUUUCGUCGAGAGGUUCAAUAAAGAAGCCGUGCAGGUCGAGACGACUGACGAUAUGAAGAAGUAUUUGCUGCAGAGGGGCCUUCGCCCGAGCAGCGAUUUUGCCAAAGCUGUUGGCAUAGAAAAACCACCCACCUGGGACGACCUCCUCUUAAAAGCUCAAAAGUACAUUGAAUACGAGGAAGUCCAGGCAGCAGAUGUCGCCCGCCUUGCCCGACUUGGAAGCAGUCACCCUGCCCGCGAGUCCUCCCAUAGGAGCGAUGAUAGGGGCGGCGACAGGGGAAACGACAGAGGCGGCGAUAGGGGUGGCGAGAGGGGCAGAGACAGAAGGAGGGGCGAAAGACGAGAGUCUCGUGGCCCUCCAAGCACAUUCAGCACAUACACCCCCCUCGUCAAAUCUCGGGGAGAAAUAUUCGCGGAAGUUCACAUCUCCGAGUUCAACAGAGCAGGUGUGAAGCAACCAAAGCCAACCCCUCUGAAGCCUGGCCAAGACAAGAAUAGGUAUUGCAGAUACCACAAGAGUUACGGUCACAGGACCGACGACUGCAUCAAGCUGAAUGAUGCUAUUGAAAUAAUGAUAAGGAGCGGACAACUGAGAGAGUUCGUCAAAAGAAACAACGAUCAUCGACCAGAGACCGCGGAGACUCGCACGGUCGAGGAGGUACUUCCACAACCCGCCGGGCAGAACAACGCCAAGCAGAUAGCUAUGAGCGUAUCCCGGCCAGAAGAUUUUGCUAUCCCUAGCGGUUUCGAGGACAUCUAUACUGGUCCUACGCUUAGCACGUGGGACUAUUUCACAGACUCGCGAAGGGGCGAUCAAUGCCUUUAG